AUGCAGUCACCCGUGUCCAGUUGCCCGGGUGGGUCGCUCGGCCCGUGCCGGAGGACUGCAGCGGUGGCCGGCGUCCCCGGCGGCACAGACCUGGUCGAUCGGACGUACUCCGACGUGACCACCCGCGACCGGUGCAGACACAACAACAACGACUGGCGGGUGCCGAGGGACUUCACGCUCAUCAGCGCCGUCCGCAACGAGAACAGCAAGCUGUGGCUCAAGUACACGUUCCGGAAGGCGUUCCAGCAGAAGGAGCGCGAGCUGGCGGACGAGCUCGGCGCGGAGCCGCCGGCACUCGGCCGCGCGCAGCCUUUUUGGCACCCAGUCCUGAGGACUGAGGGCUACAAGGGGCCCGAGGGCACUCCAAGUUGUGCCUCGCGCAUGUUAGGGCAGCUGCUCCGCGAAGGCGUCGCUGGUCCCACCUCGGUGCGCGGCUCCCCGGCCGCGAGCUUCGUGGGCCCCGCCGCGGGGCCCGAGCCGUGGGGCGCCAUGAGCCAGGCGGUGGAUGCCAACGAGAUCCUCUCCCGCAAGCCGAAGCGCCGCGCGGAGUGGGUGCAGAAGAAGCUGCGCGAGGAGAUCUCGGCGCCAGGCAUCAACAGAGACCUCCUGUACGAGGUGCUCACGCGCAAGGAGGGCCGCGCCUUCGCGAGCGACCUCGGCGACGGGGACGCCGUCAGGACGUACGCCGCCGUGCUGCAGGCGAUGGGGUCCUUCACCGCCCGGCAGCAGAAGCAGCUGAAGGGGGACACCUUCGUGCUGCGCCAGGCCCACGUCCGCGAGAAGACGCUCGAGAAGGAGCAGGAGAAGCAGGAGCAGGAGGACUGGGCCCGGCAGAAGGCCCUGUCGGCGAGGUACGGCAGCACGCGGCCCGCGGCUGGCCAGUGGAGCGAGGUCUCGCCGCGCCGCGACGCCCUCAACCCGUUCGCCUCGGGCGGCCAGAGGCGGGCGCCCGCCAUCUGACCUCCGACGCUGUGAUUUCCCAGACAUCUCUGUCGGGCACGGAGAGAGCGCCCACCCCGACAAGUCGACUGAGGAAAUCUGCACUGGUUCGCUCGACACCGGCACUCGAGUGCACGGGAACAGUCCCCAGUCAGUCUUUUUCGCUGAUCGACGUGUGUCUCGCUGGAUACAUCCGCCUGGUUUUGUACGUCGGAAUGCGAUGCCGUGCGCACGUGGAGCGCCCAUGGCAGAUUUCACUAAAGGGCGUUUUGCGAAAGGGGGGUCCGUCCACCCCCGAAUCUGGCGUCUCGCAAAAAUCGGAACGAAG